AGAGGGACAUUUGGGCCGUCUUUAACAAGGAAUCGUGAAUCCUCAAAACCUGGAGAGAACAGAACGAUCGUCAGUCGACAAUGCCCCACCUACACACCACAGAGGAGGCGGAAUAACGUUGUAUGAUGGGGUCAUUGUCCACCUCGACCAGGGCAAAAGGGUCAGUAGAACUCGAACAAGGAAGGGUUACAUCGCCUUCAUCCGGGCCAAGGAGGACGAAGAGAUGAUGAACAAAACGUGCAGACGCCGCCAGCGCCACUCCGCUGUGCCCAAUCAGCCCGAUGCUUAGCACCGCUGAUCCCUCGGACAGGGAGCGGGCCACAGGCGACUAAAAGACGGGAUGAACCUCCGAAGCCAGGGACGGACUGUGUUCGAAGUUCGAACAGCGGACACCACACCUUGCGCAUGCGGUUGGUUGGGAACUGAGAAUGAGACAGCGAGUAGAUACGGAACUAGACCGGUCGCUGUUCGGUGUGAUGCACCAUCCUAUCGUCCAUUGAAACGGUCGGGAAAUCUCGAAUCGAGUGUCCAUCUCUUCUCGCUAGCCCUCGGUCCGUUUUCAACUCAACCAGCACAGACAGGAAGCGUACAGGAAGGAGUGCAAGAUAUGCAGCGAGGUGCAGACAACAGACUGCAGAGAGAUGCAAGUCGCAGCCUCCUCAUGAUCCGGAAUCUGACAUGGCUCACGAGACGACGAAUAAGACACGCCGGUGGUGGUAUUCCCGGUCUUAGUUGCACUGACAGAAAAUCUCCAGCGGAACCGACCGACGGGGUAGCGGCUGGUUCGCUCCAUGCACUGUUCACUAGGUACGGUCAAAUUGAAGCCGUUGCCAUCAUGCACCGAAGCACCGUAGAAGGUUUCGACUUUUUCGAACGCUAUACCAUUUCUGCGGUCAUCUCCAGGUUGUGAUGGCAUUCGCACAAAUCGCGUUGGAGACCAAGCCACUAGCGGGGUCGGAGUAAUAAGAAACGUAACAUCGAGGCUUGGGGUGAUCGAAAACAACCCCCAGAAAAUCGCCAACCCGUGCAAGUGCGUCGAGGUU